GCUGCGUGCCGUCACUUCCGUCGCACUGGCGGGCGCCAAGAUGGACGCUCCGUGGGCUCGGGAGCAGCUCCGGAGGCGUUACCUGUUUCCUUCCGAAGCGGGGCUGGACUGUGAGGACGACGCCAGACCAGAAACCUCCACAGCUGAUGAGAUAAAGGAGAAACCUCUUCCAAGACUUAACAUUCAUUCUGGAUUCUGGAUUUUGGCAUCCAUCGUUGUAACCUAUUACGUUGAUUUCUUUAAAACCUUUAAAGAAAAUUUCCACACUAAUAGCUGGUUUCUCUUGGGCGGGGCCCUGCUGUUUGUCAGCCUGUCCAUCGCCUUUUACUGCAUAGUCUAUCUGGAGUGGUACCGGGGGAUUGAAGAGUACGAUGUCAAGUACCCCAUGCUGGUACCCAUCACAACCGCGACUUUCAUCGCAGCGGGGAUUUGCUUCAACCUGGCUCUGUGGAAUGUGUGGUCAUUCUUCACCCCCUUGCUGCUCUUCACUCAGUUUAUGGGGGUCGUGAUGUUCAUCUCGCUCCUCGGAUAAGUUCCAGACUUAAGAACGUGAACAAAGUGAACAAAGCAUCCAGCUUGUGCCACUGACCUGAAGGAGAAGCCUAGCCUGCACUGGUGUCUGAAGUGAGUGGUUUCCAUGGCAACCGUGACUUUCUAAACCUGCUGUUGAAAUCUGAAUAAACAGUCUUUCUCUUGGGUGUUCUCAAACAAGUGAUUGUCAGCAGUUUGUGUUAGACGGAACUGAGGAGUGUUAAUCUGUCAGAAUUCGGAGACAGUGGUUGUCCGUUACUGGAGCACAGUGUGCCCACAGUUUCCAGAAGCUGAGGGUUAGCUGCCCUUGUGUAAGUGACUGGACGCAAGUAUGAAGGGACUGUGUUGUCACCUUUAGUAGUCACUGGAUAGCUCAUAUUUGUCAUAGCUUUUUAGGGAGGGGACCAAACGGAAGCAUUUACUGUUUCCUGCUACUUUGGAUUUUAUCACUAUGUAAGUUAUUGGGUUGUUAGCAUUUUUUAACAUAUGCACUUUUAAUAAUGUUUAAGUAUCUAUGAUUUUUUUCCUGUAACAUCAAUAAAAUAUUUUUAUAACUUU